AGCUGUCCAGAAGGGGGAACGCGUCAGACUUGGCCAACUGAGGCUGGGCUGGACCCCUAUUGUGGAAUCGCGGACACUUCCUACAGUUGUCGAACGCAAUCCGUCUACACCACCUUGUGUCACUACCUACCACCAUGGGUUUGGAGCUCUACCUGGACCUGCUGUCGCAGCCCAGCCGCGCGGUCUACAUCUUCGCCAAGAAGAAUGGCAUCCCCUUUCAGUUGCGUACCGUGGAUUUACUCAAAGGGCAGCACUUGAGCGAGCAAUUCUCCCAGGUGAACUGCUUAAAGAAAGUGCCUGUCCUCAAAGACGGAAGCUUCGUGUUGACCGAAAGCACUGCCAUCUUGAUUUACCUGAGUUCCAAGUACCAGGUGGCAGACCACUGGUACCCGGCCGACCUACAGGCCCGUGCCCAAGUCCACGAAUACCUGGGUUGGCAUGCCGACAACAUCCGUGGCACCUUUGGAGUACUCCUGUGGACCAAGGUGUUGGGGCCACUCAUUGGGGUCCAGGUUCCCGAGGAAAAGGUGGAACGGAACAGAAAUAGUAUGGUCUUGGCUCUGCAACGUCUGGAGGACAAGUUCCUCAGGGACAGGGCCUUCAUUGCUGGCCAGCAGGUGACGCUAGCGGAUCUCAUGUCUCUAGAGGAGUUGAUACAGCCGGUGGCUCUUGGCUGUAAUCUGUUUGAGGGGCGGCCUCAACUGACAGCGUGGCGAGAGAGGGUGGAGGCGUUCUUGGGUGCUGAGCUAUGUCAGGAGGCGCACAACCCCAUCAUGAGCGUCCUGGGACAGGCAGCCAAGAAAACAUUACCAGUACCCCCUCCGGAGGCCCAUGCCAGCAUGAUGCUUCGAAUUGCCAGGAUUCCCUGAGUGGUUUUUUUUCCCUGAGUAUUUUUAUUGCUAUAAAGACUCAUUUUGUAUUUUGCCUCUUUGUUUUGUUUUGUUUUUGUUUCUUCUUGUCCCAACCUUUUUUUUUUUUUUUUUUUUUUUUCGGAGCUGGGGACCGAACCCAGGGCCUUGCGCUUCCUAGGCAAGCGCUCUACCACUGAGCUAAAUCCCCAACCCCCCCCUUUUUUUUUUUCUGGCUCCUUUUCUGGCUCUGGGAGGAGCUUUGCUCAAAAGGGACACCACCUAUCCUUAGCAUGCUUCUCUUGAGGUACAGUAUGCACAACCAAUAGGAGACCCAAGUCAAUAAUAUAUAAAAGGUGCUUAAAAAAAAAAAAAAAGCAAACAGUAACACACACGAAGAAAUCAACCAAAAGUUGGUGAACAUCUGUUUUUUAUUAUAAUAUAGAUUCUGAAUAUUUUAAGGAAUAAAGAGUUAUUGUUUUAUUACAUUGCCCUCUAAUCUGUAUGGAAUAAAAUUAUGACUUUGUAAAACA